UGUCAGGCGCCACGGCGCAUGCUCCGGACUCAUCCUCUGGCCCCGGAGCUGCUGCUGCUGCUGCUGCUGCUGCUUUUGCUUUUGGGGCUGAGUUUAAUAAGCGAGCGAGAGAGCGAUCGAGCGCGGGGUGGGGUGGGGGCAAAGGCAGAGCAUGUCCGCCAUCUACCCUCCGCUCCCGGGCGCACUCUCAUUCAUAGCAGCCUCUUCAUGAAUUACAGCUGAAGGGGGCGGGGGAGGGGGGUACCACACAACACCCCGGCAAACCUCCGGGCCCCCAGGCAUGGCUAGCUCGUGUGCCGUGCAGGUGAAGCUGGAGCUGGGGCACCGCGCCCAGGUGAGAAAGAAACCCACAGUGGAGGGCUUCACCCACGACUGGAUGGUGUUCGUGCGCGGCCCGGAGCACAGUAACAUUCAGCACUUUGUGGAGAAAGUCGUCUUCCACUUGCACGAAAGCUUCCCUAGGCCAAAAAGAGUGUGCAAAGACCCACCUUACAAAGUAGAAGAGUCUGGGUAUGCUGGUUUCAUAUUGCCAAUCGAGGUUUAUUUUAAAAACAAGGAAGAGCCUAAGAAAGUCCGCUUUGAUUAUGACUUAUUCCUGCAUCUUGAAGGCCACCCACCAGUGAAUCACCUCCGCUGUGAGAAGCUCACUUUCAAUAACCCCACAGAGGACUUUAGAAGAAAGUUACUGAAGGCAGGAGGGGACCCUAACAGGAGCAUUCAUACCAGCAGUAGCAGCAGCAGCAGCAGCAGCAGUAGCAGCAGCAGCAGCAGCAGCAGCAGUAGCAGCAGCAGCAGCAGCAGCAGCAGUAGCAGCAGCAGUAGCAGUAGCAGCAGCAGCAGCAGCAGCAGUAGUACCAGUUUUUCAAAGCCUCACAAAUUAAUGAAGGAGCACAAGGAAAAACCUUCUAAAGACUCCAGAGAACAUAAAAGUGCCUUCAAAGAACCUUCCAGGGAUCACAACAAAUCUUCCAAAGACUCCUCCAAGAAACCCAAAGAAAACAAACCACUGAAAGAAGAAAAAAUAGUUCCUAAGAUGGCCUUCAAGGAACCUAAACCCAUGUCGAAAGAGCCAAAAGCAGACAGCAAUUUGCUCACCAUCACCAGUGGACAGCAGGAUAAGAAAGCACCUAGUAAAAGGCCCCCCGUUUCAGAUUCUGAAGAACUCUCAGCCAAAAAAAGGAAAAAGAGUAGCUCGGAGGCUUUAUUUAAAAGUUUUUCUAGUGCACCGCCACUGGUGCUCACUUGUUCUGCUGACAAAAAACAGACAAAAGAUAAAUCUCAUGUCAAGCUGGGAAAGGUCAAAAUCGAGAGUGAGACAUCAGAGAAGAAGAAGUCGACAUUGCCCCCGUUUGAUGACAUCGUGGAUCCCAACGACUCAGACGUGGAGGAGAAUAUGUCCUCGAAAUCUGACUCAGAGCAACCCAGUCCUGCCAGCUCCAGCUCCAGCUCCAGUUCCAGCUUCACGCCAUCCCAGACCCGGCAACAAGGUCCUUUAAGGUCUAUCAUGAAAGAUCUGCAUUCUGAUGACAACGAGGAGUCUGAUGAGGCAGAGGACAAUGACAAUGACUCCGAGAUGGAAAGACCUGUAAACAGAGGGGGGAGCCGAAGCCGCAGGGUCAGCUUGAGUGACGGCAGCGACAGUGAAAGCAGCUCCGCCUCUUCACCGCUCCGUCAUGAACCCCCACCGCCAUUAUUGAAAACUAACAACAACCAGAUUCUUGAAGUGAAAAGUCCAAUAAAACAAAGCAAAUCAGAUAAGCAAAUAAAGAACGGCGAAUGUGACAAGGCAUACCUAGACGAGUUGGUAGAGCUCCACAGAAGGUUAAUGACACUGAGGGAAAGACACAUUCUGCAGCAGAUCGUGAACCUUAUAGAAGAAACUGGACACUUUCAUAUUACGAAUACAACAUUUGAUUUUGAUCUAUGCUCGCUGGACAAAACUACAGUCCGUAAAUUACAGAGUUACCUGGAAACAUCUGGAACAUCCUGAGGAUACAACAACUGGACGCAUCAAAAACUAUUUUUUUUUUUUUGGUUGUGAUUUUUUUGUUGU